UAAUGUAAACCUAUGUAAUGUCCCCCAAAGUGACCUAGGACAACAUUUGUGUGUGUGUGUGUAUGUGCGUGUGUGUAGGUGGAGCGUGUCAGCGGGGAGGUGCAGCUGAGCGUCAAACUAAAGCACAAACUCAUCAAACACGUCGAUAUUGUUUCAUCUGUGUUGGGGUGACGGUGGAAAUUACAACUGUAUAUUGAUGCGUAGCUAAAAGUCGUCGUGUCGGCAGAAGUUUCGUCGGUAAAUGAGCGGAAGCGAAGGAGCCUGAGUUACCUGUAGGAAACAAGGCGAGUUGAACAGCGACGAAUUUCAUGUGCAGCUUAAACCAGACACACAUGGAUGUCAGGAGGAAGAAUCCAAAUGAUGCAGCCCACUUUGAUCUACUCGGCUUCGGCACCAAAUAGAGAUCAAACAUUCCCCCAUGAGCAAGCACUUGACCACAGCAACAAGGAAAAACUCCCUUUUAACAGGAAGAAACCUCGAGCACAACUGGGCUCUACGUGGGCGGCCGUCUGCCUUGACCGGUUGGGUUGAGAGAGAAAGGAGGGAGAGAGAGGAGACAAACAGUACACAAACUGACAUGCUGUCUUUUUGUUAGUUCACGUCAGCCAGCUGAGCAGAAACCUGAACAGCCACCACAAUACGCCUGAAGAAGACGAUGAAACCAUGAGCACAGCGGAGCGAGAAGCCAUGGCCGUCGACAAGCCGGACUCCACGUCUCACCCUGAUGCACACAGCCACCUUCCAGAGCACGCCACCCUCACUGAUGACUCCCUGCUCGGCAGACAGAGGCUGGACAGAGAGCAGGAACACAAGCACAACCACACUGUUCCCCAACCAGGCCCGAGCUACAGCCUGUACCAGCCUCCUCGCAGCUUGCCGGCUGGGUACAGCCAGCCGACUCCGUUCCCCAGCCAGGCCGAAGGCCCCUGGCUCCACCCGAGUUUCGCCAGCAGCUGGUCGGGUUAUCCCAGCAGCCUGCCGUCGUGUCUGAGCCAGAAAGAUUACUCCAGUUGCUCUGGAGACAGCUGCAUCUCCAGGUACAAGUUCCUUUCCCUCCCUGGCAGACACAGCACCUGUAUGUCCAACCUGGAGCAGCCGCUCUCUCUGCACUCCAACCCGCCAUCAGUCAACUUUGGUCACCACACCUUGUCUCCGUACUCGUGCCUGCCACAAGGCGCAGCCUGCUGCGCUCAGUGCCCUGCAGAGGCCUUCAACAGGGGGCCUGCAGCCAACAAGCACCUCUGGCCUCAGUACCUUCCAGCUUACGGCCCAUACUAUCCAGGUGACUGCAGACUUCCUGGAGCUGGAUACACACAGAUUGGCCGCAACGCUCCAGCUCCAGAGAAGCACCCUCCUCACAGCACACCGCUCUCUCUUGAGCAGAGGAGGGUCUUUGUCACUUAUGAAGCAGACAACGACAAGCAUGUCAACGAGAUCAUCAACUUUGUUGCUCUGCUGCGACACAACGGCUUUGAUACCCAUAUUGACAUUUUUGAGCAGCAGUUCAGGAGCAUAAGCAAAAUAGACUUCAUGGAGCGAUACCUCAGUGAGAAAGAGUACCUGAUCAUCAUCAUCAUCAGUCCCAAGUACUAUGAGACGGUGACGGCCUCCCCUGUUGGCCUGGAAAACGACGAGAGGACCUUCAACACCGUCUACAUACAUAAACAGCUCCAGAAUGAAUUCAUCCAGAAUGGAAGCAAGAAUUUCCGGUUUAUUCCCAUUUUGUUCCCCGGGGCUAAAAAGUGUCAUGUCCCAAACUGGCUUCAAAACACGCACGUUUACGGAUGGCCGCGCGAUCGGGACGACAUUCUACGGCGGCUGAUGAGGGUGGAGAAAUAUAAUCCACCUCCCAUUGGGGAACUACCAACCAUUGUUUCCAUCCCCAUAUAGAAACCCUGAAGACUCAGACUGGACUGAAAGACUUUCUCUCUGGAGAACUAACCGGUCAUUAUUGAGGUGGACAGGGACAUGAGUGGAGUGUAUUUUAUUUUCCUGAUAAGUGUGAUUGUGCAGAGAUUGUGAAUUGUUGUGAUGUUAAUGGUGCUGUGUGAAUUUCUCUCCUGGGAUAUGUUGCAUAAGUGGUUCCUUUAGAUUCUGCACAGAGUCUGAUGACUGUGUAUUUGCAGAAUGGAGUAGUACUUAUGAAACACAGGGUACUGUCAUUAUGAGAUGUCAACAGAUAUUUCCACUGGUACACGCUGCCUCAUUGUCACCAUGUUGUCUCUUAUUACAGCGUCUAUCUAAUGCAAACAGCUGCUCUACUGGAUGGAGUCACUCUUGUGUUUUGUUUCUGAGUGAAAAAUAACAGGCAAUGCUUAAAAAAAACAGUUAAUUCUGUUUUUAUGACUCUUGGUGCACGGAAGAUAUUAUUUAAACAGUGUAGCAGUAGAUUUGUGGCUGCUUCGUUGUCGCUGUGUGCAGAUUUUUUGUUGUGGUCUCAUACACCUGUUGAACUAAGCAGCCUCAGAAUUAUACAUUUUCUGCAAUCCACUCCUAAUAUUAUAUUAGAAAAAUGAAUUUUUAGCAAAAUGUGAAAAGGUGGUUUCGAUGGUUAGCCUGACAGUUGUGCAUUGUCCACAUUGUUGUUUUUGCACAUUUUUAGCCCAUUUACUACAAAUAACAAACCAACAGUUGGGGCUGUCAGAUAACCUACUUUAAGGUUAUAGUCUCUACAACUUGAUGUUCAUUGUGCACAGGAAAAAAAAAAGAAACCACUGAAACCAACAGAGAGCAAUAUGCAGUAAUGUGCAGUAUUUGUAUAAAAAACAGGCUAAAGCAAUCAAAAACUGAUAUUGUGGUCAUUUAAUUACAUGAUUACAGAAGUUGAUGCUACAGAUACUUUUAAUUGUAUUUCAGCACUGGAAUCAUUGUUGGGAGAUGAACUGUAAGAUUAAAAAGCAAUUUGAUAAUUAAAAUAACUUGUUGUAUUGAA